UGCACUCUCCCAAGAAAUAAAAACCUCUCUAGGAUUACACACCAAACUGAGCAUGUGCAGAGUGUCUUCACACGAUAUGUCUUAUCAGGAGAUAAGAGGGGGACACUGGAAGAAGGGGAGGAUCAGAGAAGUCAGGAUCAAAUAGCAUUUUUACACAAUGCAGGGGACUAACCCCUUAGGUUCCAUAGUGAGUAUACCAAGCAUGCUUUACUGCCAGGGGCGGACUGACAACUCAUGGGGCCCCCAGGCAAUAGGGGAUCAUGGGGCCCCUGUUUCCUUGCCCAAACUCAAAAAAGCCUAU